CAGGGCGCUGUGGGGCGGUGGCGUCUCCUCAGCGGAUCCAGCGCCGGAGCGCGGGAAUGUUAACGGAGAAAGUAACGGCUGCUGCGCGAGCUGCUGGGGGAUGCUGAGCUAGGGCGGGGGGGUCAGCGGGCUGCGUGUGCCAUGGCCGUGGGCGGGCCUUCAAAUGGAGAUAAAAGCAGUUGUCAGAAGAUAUGAAACCAGAAAUAAAACAGCAGCAACAGAACUGCCACCCAAAUCCCGAGUUGAUUGGAGACGCACUAAAAGGAAGCUCAUACUGCUUGACAGCAAUGACGAAUCCUCAUGUACCUCCGAGGAGGAAGAGCGUACCACAUCAGAAGGUGAAGCAGAUGAAAAAGAUGAAACUCUUGUGAAGAACAGCCUCUCAGAUCAGGAACAGAAAAGCCGUGAUGGAGAAGUAACGGAAGACGAGGAUGAGCACAUCGUGCCUGGGAAGCGUAAAAGGUUGAACACUUCUGUCUUGUAUGACAGUGAUGAAAGUGAAGACAGUGAUAUACUUGUGAGAAAAGUUUUUGCUAAACGCCACUGUAUAAUGGAUGAAGAUGAGGAUUUCCAAGAACAGCAACCUGAUAAAACCUGCCCUACAGAAAACAUUUCUACUAAUAGGAAACAGAAAAUGUUUGCAAAGCUGGAAGUUCUUGCAAGACAAAAAGCAACUCGGAGAUCCUGCAGUAGCGAAAACUGUGAGGAUUCAAAUGAUGAAGAAGAAAUAGAAGAGGAACCACUCUGUCACUUGCCCUUCACACCAACAGAAAGCAGUGAAGCUGACAGCAACAGCAUGAAAGAUUUUAUAGUAGAAGAAGAGGAUGAUGAUGACAACACAGAGCAUGAAAUAAGCGAAAACCAGCCACAACAGAAGGAACUGAAUACAUCAAAUAGGGAAUUGCUGGCAUACUACGUCCCACACUUGUCUCGCUGUGAUCAUUAUGUUCACUUCAAAAGAAUAGUAAAGGCUUUCCUCAUAAAUGCAAUUGAUGACACUUUUCUGAGCUCAUUAUAUGAUGGGACAAGACAAAAGCAGUACGCACAAGAUAUGUUGCUUUCACUUCAUUAUUUGGAUGACCGCUUCAUUCAGCCGCGUCUUGAGAACUUAAUCUGUACAAGUCGCUGGAAAGACCGAUACAAGGAGCGUGUGGAUUGUUACCCAGAUGUUCGCAUUAUCAUGAAAAAUCCCAGAAAUAUGUCUUGUCAUGCCUGUGGACUUACUCGGUAUUGUAAGUUUGAUGUGCUGCUCUCUGGAAAGCUUUAUAACAGUAGCACUUUGGAAGCAGAUGACUUCAUGUCAGAUGACAAGCAGGUUUUGAAGGUUGGCGUGGUGUGUGCAGAUCGUACAAGAGUUUAUCAUAAUUUGAAGCACUUCAAAUACAAGUUGUAUGUGGAUUGCAGCUCCAUUACAGAGUCGGAUGGUUUUGUGGAUGAACCAGUCAAAGACACAGUUGAACGGCUCUUCAGCCAGCUGGAAGACAGUGGGUGGAUUCAGAAGAGAUAUAAUGAUCUUGAAGACUGCAUGAAUGAUGCAGACAGUUUCCAAGAAGAGAAAAUGGAUUAAGUGGUCAUAUAGAUCUUUUAAAGACAUAUUGUAAAAAUUGGAAUGGCCUGCUUUAUCUGCGUGCACUUCAUCUCUGCCUGGUCUUCAAGAUUCUUUUUAAGGCUGUGUUACACUUAAAUCCAUAUUCCUUUAAACUGUUUGAGAACGUGCUGUAUCUUUUUUUCCUCAUUGGUGUCAAUAAUAACCCAAAGUUUUACCAAAUAAGUCCUUCCAGUCUUACUGCAGAGUAAGUUUCCUUUUGUUCUUAAAAAUAACAUCUUGGUAUCUGUUUACUCGUGAAAUUAAACUUUGACCUAUUUAUAUUGAGCUGCAUUGUAGGGAAAGUAGGAGAGGCUGAGACCUUUGGAAGUAGGUAUAUUUGGAAAGGUAAGUCUGUCUUAUAGAAGAUCAUAUGACUUGAAUCUUACUUUCCUUGUUAUAUGCAAGUUCAUCCAUUUAGAAUGAUAGUUACGAUAAACAGGACCCAAGUGCAAAGAUCUAGUUCCUUUCUGAGGAAACAGUAUAGACUGUUGCAAAGCAACAGAGGAAAUAUUCUGCAGUCCUGGGUACGUUCAGCACAGAAGUCAAUCCUCUCUUCAGAGAGUACGGGAUGAGUCACAUUAUAGCGUCAUGCAGUUUGAGUCUGGUGUAGCCACCUAAAUGAACACUUGGGCCCACAGUGCUGUCUCUGAUAAGCAGCCGGGGCAAUUUACUGAGAUUUUAAACAUCAAAUUAUAUUGUGCAAACAUAAUGGCAACAACCUGCAGCAGCUAAAAACCUAAGAGAGUGGAUUAAUGUGGCCAUACAAAAUAAGCAAGAAUUCUUCCAGCAUAACGUAACAGAAAGUAAGAGUUGCUCAGAAUCAUGAUGCAUGGCUUACCUGAACAGCAUGAUACCCAAAUCAGAGCUCUUUGGAGCCAGGGAAGUAGAUUUUUGAGGAGUUAGGAAGGGUUAAGUACUGUAUUGUCCAUUCUGAAAAACUGGACGUGAGCUGGCAACAAGUGCUCACAGCCCAGGAAGCCACCCGUAUCCUGGACUGCAUCAGAGGGAGCGGGGCCAGCAGGUCAAGGGAGGUGAUUCUGUCCCUCUGUUCCACCGGGAGUCCUGCAUCCAGCUCUGGAGCCCUCAGUACAGGACAGACCAAGGUGAUCAGAGGCUGGAACAGCUCUGCUGUGAGGACAGGCUGAGAGAGUUGGGGUUGUUCAGCCUGGAGAAGAGAAGGCUCAGGGGUGACCUUGUUGUGGCCUUUCACUACCUAAAGGGGACCUACAAGAAAGCUGGAGAGGGACAUUUUUAUCAAGGCUGGUAGUGAUGGGACAAGGGGCAAUAGUAUUAAACUGAAAGAGGGUACAUUUAGAUUGACAUAGGAAGCAUUUUUUUAUUGUGGGGGUGGUGAGACACUGGAACAGGCUGCCCAGAGAAGCUGGGGAUGCCCUAUUCCUGGAAGUGUUAAAGAUCAGGCUGGACAGGGCUUUGAGCACUGACUUAGUGGAAGAUGUCCCUGGUCAUGAUGGUCUUUAAAGGUCCCUUCCAGCCCAAACUCUUCUAUGAUUCUGUCCCAGUAUUUUGUGCUGCAUAUAAAAUUAAUCAGAUGUAGCCUAACAGAAGAUGCAGGGUGCAGGUUUCAAAUCAGUUUGGAACUGUUCUUACAUCCUGCUGUAUGCACAUAUCCUUUUAUUAGUGUUUUGUGGCUGAGCAACUUAGAAGAUACUGUAAACACUGUAGAUUCUUUUAACACACUCUCUCAGAAGCAAAACUCAUGAAACCUAAUUUCUCAUGGAUUUGUCCAUAAAAACUCCCCAUAUUCGUUAUGCCAUGCUACUGGUAACAGAUAUGCUGAUUGGCUAGUUAACUGCUGCCAAGUGUAUCACUCAAUGGUGAACAUCUACUGACUUUUUUCCGUAGGAGUGUACCUUAGAUUUGCCAUUCAGUACCCUUUUUCCAGCGUUCUGUGUAAGAAAUGAGCUGCUUUUAUAUUUUAAGGGGUUGAAAUUCAACAAUGGUUUAUAUGUUCUUAUAUCUGUUCGCUCUAAUAUCAUCAGUUCUCUGUUGUGCCACAUACAGAUACAAGAUUUACAAACCAAGAUGAAAAACCCCAGUAAACAGAUUGAGACUUACUCUCAAGUAAACUUAUGUUGAAGAUAUUAUUUCCAUACCUUAAGUGUGAGUUAGAUAUGUAAAUAUUCUGAGAUCUGAUACAUCUUGUACUUAUCUCGCUGGUUACCAAAGCUGAAGGAACUCUGUUUUCUCUUCUUUUUCUUUCAUUACUGUUUUGCUGGGAGUAUUAGUGAGAACACACCCAUCAACUCAAAAGCACUCAAGAAUCCAUCUCCAAUAAAUCCCUUUUAGGAAAAGUAAUGCCCCUUGAUGGCCCACGUCUUUCUGUUAACAAAUUCUCUAUCCACUUUUGUUGGCUUCUCUAAAAUAAUAAAAUAACGUUUAUGUCUGGUGUAACAUUAUUCUUACAAAGGAAAACUGUUCUGAAAUAAACGGGGUUUUGUACUACA